AUGGCCGAUGAACAGACGCCGUUGCUAGACAUUGAGGCGCACGCACCGAGGCCAAAGUCCGUGUCGGCCGUUAUCGGAGUGCUUUUGAUCGGAGUUUUCAUCGCCAAUGCCGAGGGCUCACUAGUACUAGCCACAAACAGCCAGAUCGCUUCUGAUCUGGGUCGCCUUGAGGAUGCUAGUUGGCUGGUGACGAGCUACAUCCUAGCCAUGACUGCCGCGCAGCCAUUGUUUGAUCUGGACGAUAAUGAAAGUGGCCUCGCACCAUCGCUCCCCGUCGCUAUUCUCGGUCGCGCCAUUUCGGGUAUUGGUGGUGCUGGAAUGGGCUCACUAGUCUCAAUUUGCAUCACCGACCUCGUUCCUAAGCGCGACAUUGCCCCCUGGCGAAGCUAUGUCAACGUCGUCGCGACUGUCAGCCGCAGCCUGGGCGGUCCUGUCGGAGGAUACCUAGCGGACUCGGUCGGUUGGCGAUGGACCUUCUUAGGCCAAUGUCCUCCAACCCUCUUGGCUAUUAUCUUGACGGCGCGUCUUGUUCCGAGCGCCUCUACUGACGAAGAUGCAGAGUUGACAGGAUCAUCGACUUCGCUCGCCCGUUUUUCCCGCAUCGACUGGGCCGGGUCGCUCUGCAUGGUCGUGGCCAUCGUUUCGCUGCUGCUGCCACUCGAGAUGGCCGGGCCAAGGCUGCCGUGGACCCAUCCGUUCAUCCUAGGCUGUCUGGUUCUGAGUGCGAUGGCUAUUUGCCUGUUUGUCGUUGUGGAAUUGCGCUGGGCCGCUGAGCCUAUCUUUCCGCUGCCCCAGCUAGGAAUGAUGUAUUCCGUGCCUCUUUUCUUUCAGCUGGUUGAUAAUGCCUCCGCAUCAGUCGCAGGAGCCCAUCUGUUUCCUGCCAUUGCGGGCGUUGCGGUGGCGGGUCUUAUAGGUGGACAUGCAAUUCGACGUGGUCUCGGUAAUGGACUCGUCCAGGCGGCCGGAUUUAUUGCAUUGACAUCCUGCAUCACCACGGCAGACAUGGCUGUCGCCUCAUCCGGAUACUAUCUGAGCUCCAACAUCGGUACCGUCUUCGGCAUGGCCGCCACAAAUGCCAUCUUCCAGACCACUCUACGGGAAGAUCUGGAGCAGCGACUCGCGGGUUACGAGGCGAGACGAAAGAUAAUUGAUGCCGUCCUUUCGAAUAUCGACUACAUUCGCCGAUUGACGGGGCCGCUGCACGAGAUCAUCGUAAAAGCGUGUGUGAAUGGUCUGGAAUACGGACACAUGCUUCAACUUGGCCUCGCUGUGGCAGCGUUCAUAUGUGUUCUGUUGUUGCCGGAGCAAAAGCUGGAGGAUGAAGAAAGCGAAGAAGGCGAAGACUCUUAA